GGUACACAGCUUAUAAACGCGACAAACGAUGGAAAAUCAAAGCAACGCAGCUCCCGCUGCCGCCGCCGAGACCGCGGAGAAUGGCGCAAACACCGCGCAGGAGGUGUCAUCGACAACUCAACCCAUAGAGCCCACAAAGCGCUCGCUGCGCGUGCAGACCUGGAAGAAGAUCCAAGAGGGCAAGGUCGGCAUUGGAUUUAACAACAUAUUCAACCGGAUUCCGGCGUUCCUCGAUGCCGAAAAGGCUGCUGCACUCCUGAUCAACGAGGAGGAGUUCAAGAAAGCACAGCACAUCAAGGUAAACAUCGAUCGCGCCUUGCACGACUUCAAGGAGCAGGCCCUGCUCGCCGACAAGUCGGUCUACUUGCCCAGCACUCGCGACUCUUCUGCGCUCUGCCUCAAGGUCGAUGUGCCUGCAGAUGCCACUGAGGAGCAAAAGAAGGAGGCUCUGCGCGUACAGGACAUCCAGAAGUUCCGUACGGAAAUUGGAUUGGACAGCGGGCUGAAGCUGGACAUUGUUGUGAUUGGCUCUGUAGUGGUGUCACGCGAUGGAUAUCGCAUCGGCCGCGGCAAUGGUUUUGCCGAUCUGGACAUCGGCCUGCUCAUUGAGCUGGGUGCUAUCACACCGCAGACAGUCAUUGCCACGAUAGUGCACGACCUGCAGGUGGUGGACUCUCUGCCCGUGGAACUGUUCCAGAAGUACGAUACGCCGGUGGACAUUAUUGUGACCCCCACCGAGGUUAUUCGUGUCGCCAAGCGUUUGCCGCGCCCCAAUGGCGUCUUCUGGGAGCUGUUGUCCGAGCGUCGCCUUAAAAUCUUGCCUGUUCUGCAGCAGCUUAAGGAACGCGAGGAAAAGGCGGGCAAGUCAAUAGCCUUGAAAGAGGAGGACACCGACGUGGAGCAGCAUCAAAACAAUAGGCGCCGCCGUGGGCCCGUGCGUCGUCGCUUCCAACGAGGAAACCCAGGACGCACCACCUCGCAGACUGACAACGAACAUCAGGGCGAAGCCGCACAGAAACGCACGCCGCGCCGUAAGGGUCGUGUUGUCAAUCGCCGCAGACGUACAACCAAGUCUGAGGGCGAACAGUCUGGAGUGGAGGGAGGUGCCAAGAGUGAGGAUCGUAAGUUUGAUGAGGGUGCCGCUGGCGAGCGUCGUCCCAAGAAGAACAAGAAUCGCGGACCGCGUGAUUUCUGCAUUAAAUUGACAAAUUUGACACGCGACAUUCGCGUCAAGGACCUGAAAUCUGAGCUCCGCAAACGUGAAUGCAAUCCGAUGUCGAUUACAUGGAAGGGUCACUUUGGCAAGUGCUUCUUGCAUUUUGGAAACCGCAACGGUACGCCCAGCACCCAGGACGACGUUGACAAGGUGUUGAAGUCACUGAACGAUCUCUCCCUGACCAUCACCACCGGUGGCGAGUCGACACCGGCUGCCGCUGCUGCCACUGCCGCCGGCACUGAGGGUGAAGUCGUCGUGAAAUCGGAGCCAGCAGAGUCGACGGCGCCAGUGCAGACCAAGACGAUCAACGUCAAUGUCGAGCUGGUCAAGUUUGGCGCUAAGAAGAAUGCAAACUCCACUGGCGUCAAUGCUGGUGCUGAGGAAGGAAACGCUGCCGGUGAUGCGCAAAACGGAGGUGAGGCCGAUGCCAUUGGUGGCGGAGACGUGGGCGGUGGCGCACGCAUCGAAUCUGUGGACACAACCACAGUAUAGUAUGACUCCGCUUUUGGCGUAGCCACUGAACGGUUGCGGCGGAUCUCCGCCGGCAGCGAAACGUUUGGAGUUCAACGAAAAAAAGUAACAUUUUGUUUAGAGAAAAUCGAAAAAUAUCAAACAAAAAAUGAAUAGAAAACGAACUCCGGACACAACAAACACACACAACUCACACUCAACAUACAACAUGCAACACAUCAUAACAUACAAACUAAACACAUGCUCAUAAGUUGCAGCUUGUAGUUUCUUCUUCUCCUUCAUUAUUCUAACAAGCUAAAAAAGAGCAAAAGCAACUAUUUCUAAUCUGAACACACACAGACCAUUGACGCUUUUUCAAAACAAUUGCAUUUGUUUUUGCCUGAGAAAAACAAAGCGAGAGUUCGUUUUCAACUUAAUUGAAAUGAUUGCAGAAAUACUCGUUCCACAAAUGCAAAGUGGAACAUCAUUUCUAUCUACAGCAUAAAUAACACUUUAACACUUAACUUUUCGCGGCUUUUCAUAGUCCCGAGUGAUGAGUUAUUAGGGACCCUUUCCUAAAUACUUUUCAUUUUGAUUUCACACUUACCUCGGCACCAAGAUCAAGUGCUCCGUUCCUGUCAUGCAGUUGAGCUGCAGCUGAUAAGGCGGCAAUCCCGGGUAGAGUUCGUGUAUUAUUCGUAAACUGUAAUAUUAGUCGCAAAAGCCCAAAUAAAUACGAAGAAGAAUUGUGAAUACGACAAAAUGAAUUAACACACUAUUAACACGUUGCAUUUUCGCUGAGAGAAUUAUACAAAAAAGAAAGGAUCGUAGUUUGGUUCGAGUUGCCCCACAUUCACCGCAAACACCAAUACACCCUUUAACAAUUAUAUUUUAACAAAAGAUCAACAGAAUCGUGAAAUCAACAACAUUAUACAAUGCAGAACAUAAUUAUUUACUCUUUUUUAUACAAAGAAAAGGCAUUACAAACAAAAAAUGUGAAACAUGAAUGAAAUAUAACUUGAAAUAAAAACUUCAAAAAAAAAUCGAAAA